UUCAUUUGAGUGCGGCUGCGCGCUGCUCAAUGCUUUCGCCGUUGCUGACGCGACUUGGCAGAAAAAAAUGAGAGUGUGGACCGUGGACCCUCUGGCAGAAGCUAUCUACGUUAUCUUAACUGAGAAUAGAGUACAGCCAGAGUGUAGUUUUAAUUGUGAGUCUAGGAGGCAAGCUAUUGAUAGGAAGACAGCGGCGAUCUCAACCUUCGGCUCACCAACCUCCCGUAUGUGAUCGCCCUUGCUCGUCGUAGGACGCUGCCAGCGAGGGCCAAGAAACGAAACAGCAUAUCGCCAUUAUAUGAUCCAGUGUCCAGCGUCGCUUUUAACCUCCAUGUGGGUGAGGGAGCUGUGUGUAUCAGAUUAUGGCGAGAAAAACAGUUAGCAGGAAAAGGAAGGCAGGAGAGCCCAAGGACCAACAACAGCUGGGCUGGUGUCAAGCACCAAACAAGCGGAGUCGUGUAUCUUGUUCAUCACGUCAUGCCCAGCAGUGGUGGUGCAACCGGCGCUCGGUGGUGUGUGCCCUGCGGGGGCGGGAGUUCAGACCUCAGCAGCAGCACGAGGUGAGGCUCCAGCGGAGCCUCCGGGGCUUUGCAGCUGGCAGGCUCCCCGGCAUCCUGAAGGAGAGGGAGUUCUCCCUGGGGAGACUCAACAAGGUGUUCGCGUCGCAGUGGCUCAACCACAGGCAGGUGGUCUGUGGGACCAAGUGCAAUACGCUUUUCGUUGCGGAUGUCCUGACGGGGCAGAUAACGCGCAUUCCCAUGCUAAAGGACAGGGAGUGUAGUAGUGGAGGCUCUGGGGUUGUGGGCGCAGUGGUGGGGCGGCAAUUCCACCCAACAGGGGGCUCUCGUGCCCGGCUGGACCAGCAGGGCUGUGGGAUCCACGCCAUCGAACUGAACCCCUCCAAAACACUUCUGGCCACCGGGGGAGACAACCCCAACAGCCUGGCCAUCUACCAGCUGCCCACACUGGACCCUGUGUGCGUGGGGGAUGAUGGUCACAAUGACUGGAUCUUCUCCAUAGCGUGGAUCAGUGACAACAUGGCAGUUUCUGGGUCCCGAGAUGGCUCCAUGGGCCUUUGGGAGGUGACAGAGGAAGUAAUGAGUCAGGCUGAGCGCAGUCAGAAUGAGGAGGCAGUCCCUUCAUACGCCCACAUCUCCCAUCGGGCCCUCAAGGACAUCCCCAAGGAGUACACCAACCCAUACAACUGUAAAGUCCGCGCUCUGGCCUUCAACAACAACCAUAAGGAACUGGGUGCUGUGUCUUUGGAUGGUUACUUCCAUCUCUGGAAAGCUGAGUACAACUUGUGCAAGAUCCUGUCCACCAAGCUGCCUCACUGCAAAGAGAAUGUGUGUCUGGCAUACGGACAGGAGUGGUCGGUGUACGCUGUGGGUUCUCAGGCCCAUGUUUCCUUCCUGGAUCCACGGCAGCCUACACACAGCAUCAAAUCUGUCAAUUCCCGAGAGCGAGGAAGCGGGAUCCGUUCAGUGAGUUUCUACGAGCACAUUGUGACAGUGGGCACCGGCCAGGGUUCCCUUCUCUUCUACGACAUCCGGGCCCAGAGAUUCCUGGAGAACGCUUUGAAUCCAGCCGGAGGGUACCGGAAGUGCCCAGGAGAUGGCAUCCUCAAACUCUCUACAGGGAAAGGCUGGCUGAAUCACGAUGAGACGUGGAGGAGUUACUUCUCGGACAUUCAUUCCUUCCCCAACGCGGUGUACACGCACUGCUACGACGACUCCGGCACCAAGCUGUUUGUAGCUGGUGGACCUCUCUGUUCGGGUCUGCAUGGGAACUACGCAGGCCUGUGGAGCUAGCCUCUGUGUCCUCCAUCGCUCUAUCACUACAUCCUCAGCCAUCCCCUCCCUCUUCCAGUCUGUUGACAUCACGGUCUUUGGUAUCCCUCUUGCUCACCUCUGUUUUGCUCUCAGGUGGACUCAGGAGCAUGAUCUUGCACCCCACAGUAUCACGGCUUUGAAUAUCGUUGUUGUGUAUGUUAAAGUUUGUGUCCACUCUCCCUUUCUCCUCCAAUUAUUCCUUUGCUCCUUUCACCUCAGCUACUCAGUUGUUGUUUUGUUUUUUUUAUAUGAAAAUGUAAAAACAAUUAACUGCGGAUUCUGCCACAGAGGAGCUCGCAAGAGAAGCAUUAAGAAUAAAGUAAUACAGGUUCUCAUCAUUUAAAACAUCCAACCCGCAGGAAUAAUGAUAUGGUCUGGUUUGCUUUUGUAUUUAAGGAUAGUGUUAACCGCUGCUUCCUCUCUGAUAAAAUACAGUGUCUUUGUGAAAUACCUGUGGAAUUUUAUUUGGAAAGAGUUCCUUUCCUUUCUCUCGCUGAAAUGGACGGAAAUGAAAGAGAGGGCGAAGUGAAGGAGGACUGAAGAGCGAGCUCAUUUUGCAAGACUGAACCAGAGUGCAGUUUGAUAUUUGAUAAAGAAUAUUAACUGGAACAGCCUGUCCUGUCCCGCAACAAUCACAAACAACUUCUCUUUUCUCCUGACUGAGAAGUUAAAAUAUUAAGACUUUGUGUUCAUGUGUUCUCACUAAGAUGAUGUAAAGGAGAAACAUUAAGAUUGCUCAAUGCAAUGUUCUGCUAUGAAAAAAUCCCAUCAAAAGCAUAUUUUAUUUUGUGACAGUGUGUGAUUUGAAAGGCAUUCCCCUGCUGAUAUUCUAAUUUGCUUUAUUCUUUAUUUAUUUUCCGCUUUCUCUGUCACCUUUACUCAGUUGGUCAUGGGUGUUUAUAUCUCCUUCUUUUGAAGGAUAUAUUUUCUCUCUUUGCUUAUGUUGCUUUUCUUUUAGACCAGAUUGCUCUCCAGAUUUGUCCCUUAUGAAAAUCUAAUUUUGCUCUAACUGUUCUGGCAUCGCCAGAGAAUUUAUACAAAGUUUAAAUUUAGGAACAAGUUAAGAAUCAUCAAAUAUGAUUGAUAGCUAGAGGAGCCCCCUCAUGAUUCUGGGACUGCUCCACAGGAACUUGAGAGAAUAUCUGUAGUAGCUCACUGGUCUUCUUAACCACCCAUCAGGAAGGUUGCAAGGAGAACUAAUGAAACCGUUUCGACUCUACACUGGAGUUAGAUGCUGCAGGCACAUACUUUUAAUGUUACAGUUGUACAACUUUACUUUUUCCUCUUUUUUUGUAUCAAGGAGUGAGCAGUUCUGCUCUUUUCUUUGUUUGGUAGAGGGUAGGCUUGAGUUAAGUUUUGGCCUUCCUCAGGUCUUUCUGUGAAAGACUGACACAGGCGAUCAUAAUUUCCUUUUCUACAUGGAACUUUUCUCCAGUUUUCAUGAUAAUGACAUAUUGAAAAGAGAAACCCCAACUAUGACCACAAAUUGAACAAAAAAAAACAACACUUUUAAAAUGCAUUUUAUAUAUAAAUGUGUGUAUGUGUAAAAUACAUAGGGACAAUUGCAUACAUUUUUAUGUAUAUGUCUGAGGAAGUGUGUGGAUUAUGUCUACUUGGUGAUGCCCUGUUUUUUUUAAUACAUGCCUCAUGAAUGUUUUUACAAAUGACUAAAUCUGAGGAUAUUGUAAGAUAAACAUCUGGAAAAAAACAAGCUAUAAAAUCUUUAAAAAGAGUAAAUAAUACAAAUAAAAUGUAUAUUGAUGUAACGUU